CAACGCCUAGAACACAAUGUUCAUCUGUUAAUACUGCAUUCUUUCUUUUGUGUAGUUCCCAAUGUUGCUCAUGUAUCCCUUGAGAAGCAUGGACUAAGUCUUCCUCUUGACUUAAGCAGUAACUUGGAUGUUUCAGCCCUGUUCCCUGGGGAGCCUACCCUAUAUAGCAAACAUCCCAGGCAGGAGAAGGAAGAGAACCAGAUUAUUAGAUGCCAUCUUUCCAAAACAGGAACGGAUGGCAGAAUAGCUCCUGUGGUUCCAGGAACACUGAAAAUUGAGAGGAAAUCAAAAUUGGAAGAAAGAUCCACAUCUUUACUUGGUAAAAAGAAGGAGAAGGAGAGAACAGAGAAGAAGGAAAAAGAGCUGAAGUCAAAACAGAAGAAGAAGAAAAAGAAAAAAAAGAAAUCGAAACAGCAUGAUUACUCCGACUUCGAGGAUAGUUCCCUUGACUACUUCGAUGGGUGCUCCUCCCCCUUCACUAGGUCUUCUGGCAGCUCGCUGACUCUCCGCAGCACCACAACGGAGAAGAGCACAUCCUAUCAGUACCCAAGGGCUAUUUUGUCUGUCGAUCUCAGCGGGGAAAACCUUUCUGAUAUGGAGUUUUUGGAUGACUCUUCCACCGAGAGCUUGCUGUUGAGUGGUGAUGAAUAUAAUCAGGAUUUUGAUUCGACCAAUUUUGAAGAGUCCCAAGACGAAGAGGACGCUCUGAACGAAAUAGUCAGGUGCAUCUGCGAAAUGGAUGAGGAAAAAGGCUUCAUGAUUCAGUGUGAAGAGUGCUUGUGUUGGCAACACAGUGCGUGUAUGGGAUUGUUGGAAGACAGCAUUCCCGAGCAAUAUAUCUGCUACAUUUGCAGGGAUCCACCUGGUCAGAGAUGGAGUGCCAAAUAUCUCUGUGACAAAGACUGGUUGAAUAAUGGCCACAUGUGUGGCUUGUCAUUCUUAAAAGAGAAUUAUUCUCAUUUAAAUGCCAAAAAGAUUGUGUCAACGCAUCGCCUUCUGGCGGACGUCUAUGGUGUUACAGAAAUAUUACAUGGACUACAGCUGAAGAUUGGAAUACUAAAAAACAAGUAUCACCCUGAUCUUCAUCUCUGGGCUUGCACCGGUGUGCGGAAGGAUCACGACCAAAUCACUGUUGGAAUAGAAAGAAGGGUUGUAACUGUGCCUGAAGCCGUUAACCCUUCGGGAAGGACGUGUCAUAGUCAAAAUCAUAAAGAGCCCCCUCGCUUAGCUCCAAAGAUGGAAGAAACCUACAUCAGAAGUGAACACAGUUACCAGAAACCAGGUUUUGGUCAGGAUUGCAAACCGGUGGUUGAUCCCACCAGCUCGGAGGAUGACGAUGCCGGUAGUUUUGAACAGAACCAGGAGCGUCUCUUAGAAGAGAAAAACUGUUUACAACAUUCAUCUACAGAAGAUGGUUUGGGCCAUCAGGUAAAUCAACCUGUUCAUCUGUGGCACCUUUUAGGAUUACGAAGACAAAAAAAAAACUAAGAGUCUUCUAACCCAGGAGAACAUUGUGUGUGCCAUGGCAUUAUCAGGCAAAUGAAGCAUUUUAUGGAAUUUGCGUCAUUUAUUUGAUAAUGCUGUGACAAAAUGACAUCGCUCUCCAUGUUCCCCUUGCCUUCGAUCACUUAAAUGUCAACAAACACAUCCAUGCAUCUGAUAAAC